GUCAUCUGAGAUCAAGGGCAGAAGGGCUGCUCUGAGAUGCUCCCCUUGCUAUAGCAUGUGAAAACCGAUCGAUCGCUGUUCUGUCUUGCUUUCUUCACGGGAAUAAGUCUGAACUAGCGGGCCUGCUGUAGCGCAGACCCAACACAAGGCAUUGAAUAGACACCACUAGCUUCUGAAUGCUAAAAGUGGUUGAGCAAUGUGUUCUGUUCUUUCAAAGUUGUGACUAACCUUUCACAUAGAGCAAAGGGUAAACAGCUGGAAGAGGACAGGCUGAGUUACCCAUUUAUAAUCAGCUCAAAUCAAAAAGGCCAAAGAACUUCCCACCAGGACCCCCAGUCUUCCCCAUACUGGGAACCAUUUUGCAGCUGAGUUUGGAGAACCCUUUAAAGGACUUUGAGAGGCUGAGGAAGUCUUAUGGAGAUGUCUACAGUAUUUACAUUGGCCAGAAACCAGCUGUAGUCAUCAAUGGGCUGAAGGCCAUAAAGGAAGCUAUGGUGACUAAGGCUGCUGAUUUUGCUGGACGACCCCAAGACUUGUUUAUUAAUGAUGUCACCAAGAAUAAAGGGGUCAUUAUGGUCGAUUAUGGCUCUAGUUGGAGGGAACAUCGUCGCUUUGCUCUGAUGACUUUGAGGAACUUUGGUCUGGGGAAGAACUCGAUGGAGGACAGGAUUCACGAAGAGAUAAAAUAUCUUGUUAGUACGCUGGAGGAGAGCGUUGGUAAAACCAUGAGUCCACGAGUCAUGUUUCACAAUGCUGCCUCCAACAUCAUCUGCCAGGUUCUGUUUGCUAGACGCUACGAGUAUGAUGAUGUGCUAAUCAAACAGAUUGUUCAGUGCUUUACUGAGAAUACCAAGAUGGCCAAUGGACCGUGGGCUAUGCUCUAUGACUCUUUUCCUAUAAUUCGUAACCUGCCACUGCCCUUCCAAAAGGCCUUUCAGAAUAUGGAGACUUGUAGGAAUAUUACAAUUGAUUUAAUCAAUGAGCACAAGACGACCAGAGUCCCUGGAGAGCCACGAGAUUUUAUUGACUGCUAUUUGGAUGAACUGGAGAAGAGAGGCAAUGACAGGUCUUCAUUUUCAGAUGACCAGCUCAUUAUGUACUCUUUAGAUCUUUAUGUUGCUGGGACUGACACCACCUCCAACACCCUACUUACUGGUUUUCUUUACCUUAUGAACUACCCACACAUACAAGAAAAAUGUCAGCAAGAGAUAGAUCAAGUAUUGCAAGGGAAAGAUCGGGCCAGUUUUGAGGACAGACACAAGAUGCCUUACACUCAGGCUGUGAUUCAUGAAAUACAGAGAAUUGCCAACACUGUUCCUCUCAGUGUCUUCCACUGCACCAACAGAGACACAGAGCUCAUGGGAUAUUCCAUUCCCAAGGGUACAGCGAUCAUCGAAAAUCUGACCUCAGUCCUCAACGAGGAGGGACAGUGGAAAUUCCCUCAUGAAUUCAACCCUGAAAACUUCCUCGAUGUCAAAGGAGAGUUUGUUAAACCAGAGGCCUUCAUGCCUUUCUCUGCAGGUCCUCGGACAUGUCUCGGAGAGGGUCUGGCUCGUAUGGAGCUCUUCCUCAUGAUGGUGACUCUGCUGCACAAGUUUAAAUUCAUCUGGCCAGAGGAUGCAGGACAACCAGACUUCACUCCAGUCUUUGGCAUCACUAUGAAUCCCAAACCUUAUGACAUGAAAGUUCAACUCAGAAUGCCACAGUGAGGUGGUGUGCUUCAUAGAAGGAGAAAGAAGCAAUUUAGUCUAAUUUUAUUUUAUUAAAAUUAUUGUCCUUUAUUCAUUCAUGGUUGAUUGGUUGAUGUAUUAUUGAAAAAACAGUGAGACUUUGUAGAAAAUGUCCUAUUUUAUAACAUCUUCUUUCAUGUUUAAGAAAAGACUUUUUAAGAUAAGAAACACAUUCUGCUGGGAAGGUUUAACUGAGAUGUGCAUCAAUACAGUGGUUCUCAAGCUGUGGGGCAUGGGCAUUGAUGACAAGGGGAAUAAUGAGAAAAACUAAGUUGAAUGAGAAUAAUUUAUGUAGGAUAUGUAUAUCUGUACGAUGUGUGUAGGAAAAAAUAAACUUCCCCAAACACUUCCCUCGUUA